AUGUACAUCACUCUCUACUUAAUCGUCACCCGCCUCCCCGACAUCCUUAGCACAGGGUGUUCCCCCUUCCCCCUUGUCCCCUCUGUUGCCUCUGCUGCUACUGUUGACUUCCUUCAUGCUGAGGAGGUCGGGGCUGCGUCUGCUCCUAGUGGGAGGCGCCGCAGUGGCAGGGGCAAGGGAGGCCAGGGUAGUGGGGGUGGCAGCGGUGGAGGCGGUGGUGGGGGCUGUGGAGGCGGUGGAGGUGGCGGUGGUGGUGGAGAGAGUGGUGGUAGGAGUGGAGGCGUUGGUGGCGGCAAUGGUGGCGGCAGUGGGAGUGGUGGCGGCGGCAGUGGUGGCGGCAGUGGGAGUGGUGGCGGCGGCAGUGGUGGCGGCAGUGGGAGUGGUGGCGGCGGCAGUGGUGGAGGUCGGGGUGGAGCCGUUCAAUGGGGAGGUUCUGGAGGUGGCCAGAGGCAGUAG